GUUCUGUUUAUGAAAAGCUAUAUUUUGUUUUUCUUUUUGGUCCGUUUAUUAUUACGUGCCAACUUAUUAGCUUUUUUAACUUUUAAGUACAUCGCAAGCUAUUUAAGAAGAAAGAUUUACAAUUGCAUUUGGCGAAAUAAUACAAUCAGGAGUAAUAAAACAUGAAAUAAUAAUGUCGAAUAGUAAUAAGAAAAAAAGCAGUAGCUUCCGCAAGUUGUUUCCUUUUUUUUCACACAAAUCGAAUCGAGAACCAAAACAAAAACAAUGGUUCGAAAGGAGCCAGUCUACUAAUGAGUAUCACAGUCCUCAAACCUCUACCGCAGCUAAUGACCAUUUCAAUCGUCAGUACGAAAAUAAUAGAAUUUACGAAAACCUAUCUGUCACUUCACCUCUACGUCACCGUCAACACGAUUUACAAACAAAAAUAAUCGAAUCUAGAAAAUCCUCUAGCAGUACGUUAGUUUCUGAAAAUAACAAGUAUAUACCUGACUCAAUUUUAAGGAGUAAUGUCAACAAUAGAUAUGAAUCCGCAAGACCACAAGUACCGCCGAGGCCAUAUAAUGAAAUGGACCGCGGGUCAGAUUUUAGAGUUGAGGGAACUGCACGCGACGAAAAUGUCUCCCGAUACCCUAAUGUGUACUACCACUCGAUUGAAGGGCUAAAUGAUAAGCUAACGACAGAAGAUGAAAUUGAAAUUUUCAAAGCUUCACAAGCGCAAACAUCUCCGUCUUCUGUAGGAGCAGAAAUCAAAAGAGUUAGUACAAAGUUUCUGAUCUCGCCAAAAAAAGAAGCAGAUGUCAGGACCAUUCAACCAACUAGAGCUCGUAGCUUAUCACUAGAUAAACAUAAAAGUUUUAGUCCAAAUAAAAAGUCACACUUGGACCAUGCAUUUUUCAACAAACCCUAUAACUACUCAGCACCUACAUCUCCUAUAGCGGCAGGACACAGAAUACCUAAUAUGCCGCAAACUGUAUCCCCGUAUAGACACGUAAAAAAUACAAUUGAAGCUGAGGAAGGAAUCAAUAUGCUUAGUAGAACGAAUAUAAGCCUACAAUCAACAAUGUCUUUAUCAACACAUAAAAAUAAAACAGACAUUUCAAUGACAACUUUGUCAAAAUCUAAUAAUCUAGCAAAUAAAGAGAAAACAAGACAGAAAGUGGAGGCCUUCUAUUGGCAAAAAAUAAGAGAAAUGAAGGAAAAGGAAGAUGAAUGUAUUUUCAAGCAAACACUAAAUUCUACAUCGCCAUCACUAAGAUUUAAUCCAAAACAUGCAGUAUAUGAAUGUAGUUCUCCAAAUUCGAUAAAGUUGGAUUCAAACUCGAUGCCUAUUUCCCUUUAUGAUAGAACAGAGUUGAAAAAUUUUCAAACUUCGUACGUCUCACCACCUUUUGCAAGGGGAGCUCCUCAGCGACGCACGGAUUCCUUUGUAAAAUACAAACCAAUUUAUACAGAAACUGCUGUGAAUUACAGACAUGGAGACAGGUUAGCGUAUUCAGCAUCUCAACAUCAGAACUCCAUUACACAGAGAGGUUCUAAAACAAGUGAUAUUAUUAAUUUAACUCCACAAUCAAAGCGUGUUAGUUUUGAGGUAAAAAAAUCGGCAAAAAAUAUGCAAUGUGAGGACGAAGUUUCAAUAGUGUCGAAUCUUUCCAAGGUAUCUAGAGAUAGUUCUAAUAUUUACAGUUCUAAUUGUAGUAACAGCAGUGUUGUGAACGUACAUAAUUGUGUUGGACCACCUAAACCACCUGUUCGGACUACAAGUGUGAGUGGUAGAGUGUUAAAUAAACUUGUGAACAGUAAGAGACUCGUUCGUGCGCCGUGCGGCAAAUAUUCUGUAUAUUCAGAAUCGGAAAGUGGCUCGGAAGCCGGCGAGAUACAAAGGAUAUUUCAAAGUGGAGUCGGCAGAGAAGACGAUUGGCAAGGAGAUUGCAGAUUUGAUGCGGGCUUUUCCGAUGGGGAGGGCACAAGAGCUCCCAGGAGCCGGUCCUCCCGCCGGGAUGAUCCUCGGCGCCAUACUUUGGCUGGAAACCAUUUGUACCUGCAUCACCCUGGGCAGGUCGACAUGGAGCAACAAGAUCUGCCUGUGGCGGCUGGUACAAUCCCCGAAUACGCGACUGUUACUAAAUCCAGGGAUAUGGCGUAUCAUAAGAUAGAACCUCGAUUUAGAAAGCCACCGAUGCAAAGGGCUUAUUUACCACCUGGUAACGCAUUGUAUUACGACGAAGACCCUGGCGUAAUGUCUGAGGUCGAAACUUCUUCGACUGGAUUCCGCCGUGGAGGAAAACAACGAUCCUCUUUGCCUGUGGUUCGUACCCCAAGCAAAACCCUUGAACGCCCUCUUGGUCUGGUAUUUCUACAAUAUAGGAGUGAAACCAAGAGAGCACUCCUCCCCAAUGAAAUCACGGCACUGGACACAGUUAAGGCAUUAUUCGUACGAAGCUUCCCCAAACAACUUACCAUGGACUAUUUAGAUAGUCCCAUGGUAAAAAUUUAUAUACAUGAUUCCUCAAAGGACAUGUUUUAUGAAUUGGAGGAUAUGCGGCCCCAUCUUCGUGAUAUCCGUGAUCGGUCGGUCCUACGUUUGUUCGAGGCCAAAGAUCUCAGCGGCGGGGUCUUCCCUGGCGCACUUGGUGUGGGUUCUGUUCGUCUGCCGGCUGCAGCGAACAGCUCGGCGUCUGCCAACUUGGAGGAUCAAAGUACAUAUUUCAGUGAGCCUGAAAUAGAUGAACAUAUCCAACAUGUUCAUAAGGCCAAGGUGAAGGCUCCGGCUUACUACAUGAGGAGCGCCGCACCCAACACACUACCAAGAGGCGGUUCGGUGCUCAGAGCAUUCUCCCCAGCUGCACAACCAGUUCCAGCUGAUCGCGUAAAAACAAUCCCACCACCAGGUGUCCCCCCGGCCAAACCCGUGAGGUCUUAUGUUCCUGGAACUGGGUCUGAGAGAUGUUUCCCCUUCUCCACCGGCGAUUGUCCAAGGGUGCACUCCAGCGAGGGUUACAUGUGUUCUCCUGAACGUGUUACACCAAGGGUUCCCUAUGAAGAUCCAUACUACACUCAGUUCUUGGGUGCCGCUGCGGCUCGACCAGGCAUCAAUCCAGUCAUCGAUGAGGAGUCAGGGGACGCUGUUAUCAUAGACGAUUCAUAUCAGAUUUACGGCGUGAAUGCAAUUACAACGGCUCCUCGACCGAUGCCCAGACCACCAUUUGAUGCGAGGUUGGUACCACCUGUUGAUGAUAUGCAACUCCUGAGAGUUGAAAAGAUGGAGCGUCAGCUUGCCAAUCUAACUGGCUUAGUCCAAAAAGCCCUUCAGACACCGGCUCCUGCUGUAACUCCACCUGCCAUAGCACCUCGAGCGGAAGCACCGCAACCCUCCGCACGUACUGGAAGUUCAGAUGGUGCGACGGCCAGCGUCGAGAGACCUCCUAAAUUAGGGAGGGACAGAUUUCAAAAGUCAGUCUCCUUUGAGAAAUCGGUAUCAUUCAGCGACGAUCCACCGGACAUGAACUCUCCCAAACAACAUUCUCCUCAGCAUUCCGCUGAAUCAAAGCCGACAAAACCGGCAAUCAAGUCAUCUACAUUGCCGAGGACGUCAUCACAAGAACGCGAUCGUCUGAAGCCCGCUCCUCCACCGAAGCCAGCUGGUCUCGUUGGACAGCCACUAGCUCUAGUGCCGCAAAAGACGUACACAGUUACCGUGACGCCAGACUUCUUCACUCAGUUGAACAUUCUGCAAAAACAGAGUCACGAUCUAAGAAUCGAGACACGCAAUCUUCGCCGCAUAACGUUAACUCAUGCAAUGCAGAUGAGGGAGAUGAUGGCUGAUACCAUCGUGAAGAUUGGCUCUCUCGCAGCCAAAUUUUGUGAAGAAGAUCCUGAUUCGCAACUGACUCGUGAAGAGGAGAUCUAUCGCCAGGAUAUGCUCCUUUUGGAGAAUGAUUUGUAUGAGCUGGAGGCAACUGUUGAGCGUUUGCGUGGUCAAGCUGCUAAUCGAUUGGAGACUCGAGUCAACAUGGCAGACAUCGAGCGUAUAGCCAUGGUAUUGUCAAAGAGCAGCAAAACUGUCGCUGAUUGGAAACUCAAAUUUCCAGUUCUUCAGGAGACAAUGAAAGCCAAGCUCUCUGGGGAAAUGGAGAAGGUUGUUCGCAAAGAGAAGAUGCUGGAAGAAGAACCAGAGCGUCUGGAGCUGGCUCUGCGCCGGUGCAAGAAGUUGACUGGCACUCUUGUUACAUUAAAGAGAUUGGCGUGCGUACAAGAGCAACGUCUGCCAGCGAAUGAGGGUCGUAUUUCUCCCUCUUCAUCCCAAAGCUCAUCAGCUACUGCAGGGCCAUCAUCAUCUACUGAGGAGUAUCACCCUGAGACUACUUGCCGUAGUAUUACUCAGCCCAACAAGGCAACCGGCGCCGGGCGAGUCUGUACGCCCCGGGGAGCAACAGCGGACAUGCGGCCAGAGAACGCACUCGAUGCGUUACUAGAUGAGCUGCAAACAUUCACCAAACCCUCCGAACGCAACGGUCGCGGCGAAGGUCCUUUGAGGAGGCUACAUUCAUAUCCUAGUGGGAGCGAUACCGACGCAUCCCCACCAGUACGUGCGAGAGGCCAGCACCCACCUAAGCCACCAGUUCCAGAAAGACACCCAGAACUGCUAGCAUUAGCCGCGCGUCGAGCCCCACCACCGCCCCCACCAAGAACAACGUCGCGAUCUCCCCUUGCAUCACCUACUUCACCUUCGUCACCUCCCCGCAAUGAUCCUUCUGAUCCAAACGAUGAACAGGCUGCGUCACGCCAGGCUCUUCUCGAACAUCGCCAUCUUGAACUCCUCAAGAAGCAAAAGGCGUUACAGGAGCAAUAUGCGAGGUUGCAAAUGAUUCAAAGGAGUGGGCCCACGCUGCCGUUUUGUGCUCAACCUGACUUGAAGAAAACAGGCAGCGAGUCAAAUCUUCUAACUAAAAUGAACCUGAACUUAGCUCCAGCGAAUAUUUCAGGUAGCAUGACUCACCUAGCGGCAGAUAGUGAAAGGAAGAGGAGUGAAAUGGCAUCAGAAAUGAGUGUUACUCAAAUGAAGGUCUGCGAUUCAGUAGCGACGACUAAUAAGGUUUAUGAGACUGACAUACUGUGACCACGCGCCAAAAGUUUUGAUAUAUCAGUCUGAACUAUAAUAGUUUUAAUUACUUAUAUGUUAUUUAUCACGGAGCACUUCCUUCGUCAGAAUCAUCACAAUAUCUACAAUUGUAUUAAUUAGAUCAGUAUUAUCAAUUAAGCUAUGACCUAUUAAUAUUAUGCCUCGCUUCAUCCCAUCCAUACAUUAAACUGACUUGGCUAGCACAACGGAAAAUGAUUAUAAUAGUAAUAUUAAAAGAUAUAACCAAAAAAUGCAAAAAAAAAAAAAACAAUUAAUGUUAAUUCACCGUAUAUUGAUGUUAACCCAUAUGUAUUGCGAGGCACUAACGCUGCAGUGGCAAUGCAUCAAAAAUAAUCCCCAACGUAGCUCAAUGCGUUGAUAUUUUAAUCGCGUACAAAAUACGAGGAAACUAAGAUAGGUGGAGAUUAUUCUUGAUAUUAUAAACCCUCGCUUUCGGACGGGCUUGUUAAUGACAGCUCGUUUGCAAUAACCUACACACCCGUGUAUUACACUACUUUUUUCAAUACAGUUGUGCGAAAUAGUAAAAAACAAAUCAAAGAAUUAAAUAAGUAUUCUUAUUUCAACAUGGCGCGUCUUCCCAACGGGUUUUUUUUCAAACGAAACUAGAUGAUGAGAUCGUGCACGCGCACUCAGCCUAUUUGAUUUCUGACAAAAUAUCUUAUUGUCAAAGUAAUUUAAAAAAAAUGAGAAUUCAAUAACAAGUCGUACAACUAUCACUCGUUUUAUCUCGUAUAUAGUCUAUUCGAUUUUAUUCUAUGUAUGAAAACUCUUUGCUACAAAAGUUUUUAAAUUGACUUCUAAAUUUAAAACCUAAAAGUUAUAAUGAGGCUCGUAACGGAAAGUAAUGAGCGCGUGAAAGAAAUAUGCCAAUGCGAAAGAUUUAAUUUUCGAAUCAUAAUUAUUGUCUCUGAAAGUACGCCAUACUUAACAACUGUAUUGAAAAGAUAAUUAUUUUCUGAAUAUUGAUGUCUUAAGUGCGUAUAAGUAUGCAAACGCCAAGCCAGUAAUGGUGCUCCCACACUGCUGUUAUAAAAUAUUUUCAAACCUUUACUAACAAACAUUUGAUCACAAUGUUAUUAAAUGUGUUGAUGUUAGGUAAUGUUAGUAAACAUUUCUAAACAAUAUUGUUAGUUAACAAAUUGUACCAAAUACUAAAUUUAUUAUCAUUUUGUUUGUAAACAUAUUGUCAGGAUAGCAGGGUAUGCGGACAGUGCGGGGACGAUUCUAGUAUGCUCCGUGCCGUGUAGUUUCAUUGAUGUCACGUUUUCAAAUGUAAGUAAAUAUUUUCCACCAGUGUAGGAGUACAGAUAACAUCUAACAAUUCCUUACAUUAAUUGUUAGCAAGCUUAUAGAUUAGAUUAAUGUUUGAUACGGUUUCUAAACAGUUCGGUGUGGGAGCACCUUAACGUCGCAUCGCAAUCUUGUACACUCAGACACAGUAUGGGAAAUAUUCACAGUGUGUUGCCACAUCGUAGUGCAAAUGCCUCACCGUUAGUCGUAGAUCGAUUAGACAUUUUAUCUCGCUUAAUAUCACGUAGUAGUUGGAAUAAUCGUAAUUCUCUAUAUAUGAUACGUAUUAUAUCGACCCUAUCUGUAGCCAUUGUCUGUUAGAUAUACUCGUAUAAAAAAAAAUCUGGCCUAAAUUUUACAUUAAAGUUGCACUUGAUAUUUUCAUAAUUUAAUAAUACAACGUUCACUUACAAUUAACAGCAUUGAAUGAUUACAUUAAUCUUAGUUCUAUGUCAUGUUAUCAUUAUAUACUUUAAUUACUUGUUAAUUAUUAUAAUCUUCUACAACUAUUAUAUGUAAUUGUUACAUUAUUAAAUUAUUCACUAUUUAUAAAUAUUACGGAGUUUGUGCCAAACACAGGUGUAGAAAAUUGAGGUCAUUUUAACUCUUGCCACAAUCUAUGGUCUGUGAUAUGUUUUAUUUUAUCAUUAUUACAAGAAACGAAACGAAUAUAAUAAUAAAGAAAUAUCAAUUGUAAUAAACAACUGCCGACUUAAAUAUCCAAUUUCUAACUAUUUCCAUGAUCCAUUUGUCAUACAACCCUGAAUACGUAUAUAUACCAAUCUUAAUUUGAAAAUCCAAAUAAUAUAAAAAAUUGCCACGUUCAUAAGGCAGUACAUAGAUGGUUUGAAAAGGUGAUACCAAAUACGUUACACAGAUGGCUAAAAGGAGUACAUAGAGACUCAAAAAUGGGGAAAAUUGAUGAAAACAAUAAACAACCUGCAAUGGCCAUUUUAGGAUUUAGAUUGUAGGUAUAUAAAUAUCAGCUGGUAAUAAUCUUAAAAAAAAUAAUCAAAUAUAUAUUUUCAUUUAUAAUGGCUUUUUUUAAACACAUCUAUGCUAACGCAAUGCUAAGUACAUAGAUUUGCGAAAAUUUGAAUUUUGCUUUGGUUAUGGAAACAAAUCCUUGGGAAUUUUGAUAAAUUGUAUUGUAUUUCUUUUUUUAAGUAUGAGUUUCAUUCACAACGAAGAAAUGUAAACUAUUAUCAUCAUCAAAAACUAUUAAAUAUUUUUGGGGGUAGCUAAAUUUGUUACAAGAAUCAGUACUUAUACAUAAUAAUAUUAUAUAUUUAUUGUAAAUACCUUGUACGUGUCCGGCAAUCCUUACUAAGUAUUUUUAUUGGAUAUUUAUUUUUCUUAUUUGGUAUCAGAGUAUUUAUUUCUAUCUUUUGGGCGUUUUUAUGAAUUAAUUGUUAUUAUCUGUGAUAAGAAGGUUACCUAUGAAAUGCAUAAGAAUUGAACUUCACCAAACACUAUUAUUAUAUCUAUCAUGCGUAAAAUUAUAUUUAUUUAAUGAGAAUUAUAUAAUAUGUAAUUAGUUAUUUUAUAUUCGUAAUAAUAUCAAUUUAAAAAACAUUGUAAUGAAUCUAAUUAUGCAACAUCGAUAAAAAUAGUAUUAUGUGUUUGAUAUGAUGUGAUGAGAGCUGGCAGCCCAAUACAGUGUGGCCAAUUUUGAUUUUUCUAUGUGUCCAUUAAUGCCAAGACUGGCUGACUCUUUAUGACAAUCAAUAUCGUUAACAAUAAGAAUAGAUACACUUUUGAAGUUAUACUUCUUUAGGCGCAUUAUGAAAAAAUAAUAAACUGUCACACACGUAACAGGUUGAAUAUGGUUCUUAAAAUUUUCUGACGUUUGCGUCAUUCGUUUCUUUUUUUGUUUCUUCGUCCAUUAUUAGGACAGGCAAAGGGUCUUCAUGCAGCCGUAGUCAUUAUUUAAUAAUAAAUUGUCAAAGCCAUCUUUGCAAGAUUUUCACACAAUUGUUCUUUCUAAAAACGUAGAAUAGCACGAGGAAUAAAUCAUUUUAAUAAUUUUUGCUUCGUUAGGCCAAAGAAGUAUAACUUCUUGUGUGCAUACAUAAGAACACUCACAUUUUUUUCUAUCUUGCUGUACCCAUUAGAAAUGUUCUCUCUAACAUAUUUUGUUUGUGUAUACACUGGUAUAAUGAAAGUCGAUUUAUCAUUGUGUUUUUUUAUCACUUGAUCAAUUGAGAGUGUCUGAUGAUUGCAUUACCAUCUGUAUAAAGUAUAUAGGUUACCGGCGUAGCCAUCCUAUCUUGACAAACCUGGCUUAAACCAUAGUUAAGCACAACAACCAACAAUAAACUAAAUUCCCAAAUCGUAUCAAAGGAACGCGUAUCCUAUGUUAUUUGGGUACCAUUGAUAAAGCAACAACUUCUUCUCUUUUCUAAGGUCGGAUGAACAUUCAAUGAAUUAUUAGACGAGAAAAUUACACUGUAUGGUAAUUUAUUACCUCCUGGUGGAUAGAUAUAUAUACUUACUCAUAUGCAAAACCAAAGCUUGGAAAACCUUAGCGAGUGUUUUAUUAACCUUAAUUAACCGGUUAAACAUCAAUUAAGUAUCAAUAAAUUAAAACUUUCUCUAUUGAACGAAUCGAUGAUGAAGAUUUUUUAUUUAAAGAAAAAUUUAUUCUGAACUUAAGUAACCGAAAACCGUUAUAAAACCGAAGAUAGUGAACAAAAACUGGACAUAAAAUUCUCAACAUAAAUUUCGUCCGCUUUGAUUUCUUUUUGGUUUCCUAGCCUUGGACGCGAUUCUAUGAGUGCCAUUUUACACCUGAAUAUUAACAAUCUAGUACACUCGACACAGGACAAUCGGUUCUGAAAUUUGCAAUUCGGUAAAUUAAAUAAUAAACCUGCCAUAUUUUAUUCAUAUCACAAUUUCCAAUUGAAACAAAUACAAGUUUGUAUUCAUGAAUGUUUCUAUAUGUUUUUUUCUGUUACCAGAAAGAUUUGAGCAAACAUUUGAGACAGUAAAUGUUUUAGAUGAACAACAGUUAUUUCGAAUUAAGUUUAAAUCAUUAUUUGAAACUUAGACUAAUAAAAGUGAACACGAUGAAACCUUAGCCGCAGUUUUUAAAUCAAUUGAACUGAGGCAAAAUAAUAUUUUAUUUUAUUGUAAUUCAGGACCUCUUACUAGGCGGUUGACUUCCUACCACUUGCCUAUCUUUCUUGAGUCAAUUAUCCGUCUUGUUUUUUCUUAGUCUAUGCAAUUUAUUAAAUUACUGUGAUCUUUCCCAAACUUAUUAAUAUCUUAAGAUAAAACUAAUUUAUCAAAAUAAAUAUCACUCCUACACAUUAACAUAGUUCUUGAUAAUAAAAAAGUUGUUUGUGUCUAUGUAAUCCUAUUUUUAGAAUCAAUAUAUAUAUAUGCAUUAGAUAGUAUAAUAUUACGAUGUCAUUGUAAUCAUUAUGUAUAUAAAAUAUAUGUAAAAAGGUUUGCGCUUUUUAGCAUUUACUGGGGAUAUAUAUACUAAAAGCAAUCAGCUUACAAUUGGCUCUUUUAGAUUGAUCUACAUACAAAUAACAGUGCCAUAUAGUUCAAAAAUAAAGAUUUUUCCUUACAUAGUUAUAAUUACAAAAUACAAAAUUUGACACACAGACUUCACUGCUCAAUAUUAUGCACUUAGAAAGGAUCUCCAGUCUUUUCUAUGUUGUUUGUACGCGCCUUGCCUCCCAAUUGGGACGUUUUCGAAUGCAUAAUAUGCCGUAGGUGUAUUGUCAAAGCCGUGAUAUUAUAAUUUUAAGGUAGAUUGUCAAUCGACUUCAUGCAAUUUAACAGCCUUUGCUUAGUGCCAUUGUAAUGUCCACUUUUUCUUAUUCCAUUGAUCACAACUCCCAACUCUAUGGUUUUGUUAAAAAGUAAUUAUCGGCCGUUUUCAAUAACCUAUCUAUCCUUAGUUUAACUUACUAAAGGUAGACAAAUCUAUACUUUUACGCUUACUAACAUUUCAAAUAACCUAUUGACAGAUAGCAUUGAACUAUAACUAUAUUGAACAUAACUAUGCUGCUGUGCCCUUGCAGGGCGUGACAUAUUAUCAACCCAUUUAAUGUAACCACCCUAUUGUAAAAUGUGACUUGCAAUAAAAAAAUUUGAUUUGAUGUAACUAUGGAUAAAUAAGAUCUUGUCUUUAAACGGUGACUGCAAUGUAUCCGUUAGUUAAAGUAAGGUUAGAUAGGUUAUUGAAAACGGCCGUAAAUGAAUAAAAGUUGCCAAAACCGAUUCGAUGGUGAAAACAGAUCAAACAAUAGCCCAAGCAGAUGCUUUUAGUGUGUCCAUUCUCAGUCACUAUUAUUAAUAAGCACAAAACAUGCACCUAGUACUAAUUAUUAUAUUAAACAAUAUGUUUAUUCGAUUUAUUUAAGGCACGUCACUGAAUUGUGUUCAUUGUUUUUAUAUGUAAAGUUUAUUACAAGGUUCGUUAGCAAAUUUUGGUGCUUUUAAGCUAAUAAUUGUAUUAUUUUAUUAGUGCCUCUUAUUAAUAUGUAUGUUUCGUGAUUAUUCUUUAAUAUUAUAUUAUAUUAAGAUGAAUAUUACGCACGGUAGUGGCACUUGAAAUAAUACUGCUUAGUGCGUAAGAGAUCAAGAAAACAAGUUAUAGUAUAAAAAUCUUGGUUGCCAUAGUGAAAUCACAUUUUUAAAUAUCUAUGCAAUGUUUUAUGCUAAUUUUUUACUAUUCUAUUUGUUUUUAUAAUGUCUAAAUGUGUUCUUAUAAUAGCCAUAACACACGGUCGGAUUUGGUAUGACCGGACCAUCGGACGGUCCGAUAGGCGUGGGUGUGACCCUCGCACCAAUUGGUACGGUAUAGACGGUAACCGGACCUUGUCCGAUGGUACGGCCGUAACAAGUCCGAUCAUUUGAUUAUACCUUAAUAGUGCACAAUGAUUUACACCAAACAAUACCUACAGUUAUAUUUUUUUAUUUUUUCCCACCGAGAUGUAUAAACAAUGUUACAAGCACUCUUUAUUAGUACUUAUAUCUAAUUAUUUUUACAUAAUUAUGAUAAUCAUUAACUUAUUUUAAUAAUAAAUUGAAAUUGUGAUUAAUUACGCCCCAUAUAUUAUAUGUUAUAACACGUGUUGAAUUUCCAUCGUGUAUUACUUAUUAUGCACUUAGUACUUAAAACAGUAUCAUUCGUUACCUUUAUAAGUCUUGCAUCACAAUGCUUUAUCACGUACUUAAUACACCAAUAUAUAUAUAUAUAUAUAUAUAUAUUACAUUCUUAUAUUAAUUUUUAAAUUAUUGCUAAAUAUUGCCAUAAGCUUGCUAUAAUAAACCUGAUAUCCACAAUGGAAUCAACGACUUUUUAAUAUUUAAUAUUAACUGCCUUCUUUGAAUAUUAUAAAUAAAUAACGGCGUGCCAAACUAAGUAUCUAUUUAUUUAUAUGGGAAUAUAUUUUACAAUUUUCGUAACUAGACUAUGAUAUCAAUGUGAAUUACGAUUAAUUUAGCUUAUAAGCUUUGUUGUUUAAUUGUUGUUUCUGUUUCUAUAUUAUUGUACUUUUGAAUUCAUCUUUGUAUUAUGUUAAUUAAAGCUUAAAAUGUUUUAAAUGGAUGUAAUGAAUAUUAUAUACACAUCAAGUUAAA